GGCUCGUCUCCUCGCUUCGUAUGGCAUCACAACUACUGGUGCGGCCGCUGCCGCUGCCGUGGCGGCGGACUCAGGCAGUGCGAAUGCGCGUACACAGGGUCCGCUGGUGGUGAAGCUUGCGAUCAUUGGUGUGGGCUUGCGCCAUGAGAACGAGUCACCGGAGGACUUCAUAGGAUACUGUCUACGCAAUCGCUCCGAGCUGUUCAUCGACAUUCUCUCCUACUGUGACAAGCGCAACUACCGCAAGCACAAACGAGGUCUGCAAUUGAUGGAGAAGCUCGCGUCCGUGGAGCAUCAAGGCUCACGAACUGCGUCGCGGCAAGGAGGGGGCCUAGAUGUCGCAAAUUUUGGUGCUGGAGCAGAUCAUGGGGGCCGCAGUGCCUCGAGAACAGCGUCGAAGUCGGGAGUCGACGUGGAGACCAACAUCGACGGCGAACAGAGCCGAAAGCGGCAGCACCGCGCGACCCUUGCGUUUGCGGCGUUUGCGGGCGAGUCUUUGGCCGAGGAGCAAGCUCUCGCGCGCGCCCGCAGAAGCGAUGAGAUCAAAGUCCUGGCGCUUCCUGAGAAGUCCUUCUACAUGGCAGAGUUCCAAAGGAUGGAUGUUUCCGUGGCCACAAGUCGCCUCACAGAAGACGAAGUCUUGACGCCUGAACAACGGUUGUUGUUGGAGGCGACGGCAUCGGCCAUGGGGAAUGACGAAACCCAAAGAGGCGUCGCAGCUGGGACUAAUCGUGGCAAUAAUUCGAGCCCCAUGUCCCUAGCAGCUGUUCCGAAUGGACCUGUUGUAUCGGGUUUCGAAAGCGCCUUGGCUUUGAAGGCGAAGCUAGAUGCGGAAACGGAAGGAUCAGGUAUGACGAACGUGAACCGGCUUCCGCAGCCCCUCUUCCCAGAGGGUGCAUGUGGCACCCUCCGAACGAAGCUGGACAAAUACGUGUUUGGCGGACCAACGCGGGAGACAGGAGAUACCUCCGCAUCGCCAACAACUGGUCGUGAUAAUAGUUGCAGCUGGUGGAGAAUGCUGGACGAGGUGGAUGGGGAUCCGAGCGAACGACGUUUGGCCUCGCUGCUUCUUACCGGGGAUUACAUCAUGCACUGUCUUGAAGAGCAGGAACGGACCCCGAUGGUGAUCGAAGGGUCCAACGAGGAAAAAGUCGUGAUCGGGGGUGUCAACGCCGCCACGCGACGCCCUUUGGUACUCUCCGCGGCGAAUGAGGACACCCUGCACUCAAACAUUGGCGACCGCUGGGAGCAGCUGACGCUGCUGCAGACUUGGCGCGACGAAGAAGGGGCGUUGCUUUCCCUGCUAGAGUUGAUGCGGACGAGCAUUGAGGAGGUCCGCGCGACUUCAGGCGAAUCGGCGGCCGUGGAGGACCAUGCUGCGCUCUCAGCACUUUUGACGCAGUCUGUCCAUCCGGAACACGAUGGAAACUUGAUGCACGACGCCGUGACGCGGGGUUUUGUGGCCGUGUGUGCGUGGUUGAAGCGGUGGCGCAGAAAGGAUUUUUACCAGAUGCUGACGCAGAUUGACCAGUAUGGGUACACUCCGCUGCAGUAUUGUGUAGAGGAGGGAAAUCUGUUCAUGUUCGAACUUCUGACGGGGGACUACGAGGGCUUUGAGACGGAGGUGGCGGCUACGCUCAACCUUCGGGUUCCGACCAUCACAGCCACCCGCGAGGGUGCGAUCAACCAGGGCGCGCCCUACCCGUUUUGUGUUCACGGCCGCACUCCGCUGCACGGCGCGUGCUUCUUUGGAUGUCGGCCAAUCGUGGAAGCCAUUCUCGCACACCCGCUCUUCUUGUCUCCGCGGUCGCCUGCUGUGCGCGCGUACCUCUCGGAGGCAACGAAAGGUAAGGAAAAGGACAUCCCCGCAUAUCUUCUGCCCGCAGCGGCACUACUGGAACAGGAAGCGACUACCUCGGCCCAACAAGCAGUGACGACGCCCAUCCCUGGCGUAUCCGCGAAGUCAUUGCGUCAAGUAGCCCGGCUCGAGCUUUUGGUGAGCGCGUACAUGUGCGACGCGAUGGGUCGGUCGCCUUUACACUGGGCCUGCUUGGGCGGGCACCUCGCCAUCACCCAGGAUUUGGUUGCCCUUUUCUCCAGAACGGCGUCAAAUUUGAGUUCCGAGGCGAAGACGGCCUCUGGCGGGGAAGCAGGCGGAAGCAGCAAGGUCGCAGCUGCUCCAACUGCGGCGACGGUAAAUGAGAGGCUUGCAAAGUUGCUCACCGCGCGGGAUGUGGAAGGGCAUGGCGCCUUAGACUUUUCGUGUGGCGCGACCGGAGCAACGGCCGACCGGUGGUUCGUUCGAGGAAAGAUGCAACAAGAACUCAAAGUCAUCAUGCCUGGAGUCGUUCUGUCGCAAGGUAUUAAAAGUAAUAUUAAGUAGUUAGUAGUUAAUAUUUAUUGUAGUUAUUGUUUGUGUCAUCAUGAUUCGGUUGCAUUCUUGUAACGACCUUGUCAAGAAGGCCAGCCACUUAGCAGCAGCUACUAGCACAGUCUGCAGUGUCUGUCAGAGUUUGUGUAUGAUUUGGAAAUAUGAAUAUCAAUAUCUUGAGCAGGUACGGAUGGUCACGGAUUGUGCCGCGCGCGGUGGGCUGGCCGUGAAGUGACACUGAUGCUGCCUGUGGGUGAUUUGCGAUCCACAGGUAUCGAAGCCUACUUGAAGUAUCUGAUGGUGGACUUCCUAAGUCGCACCGUUGGAUUGGUUGCCUCGAACGUUGUGGUCACCCUGCACAACGCGAAUGGCGCCCUGUCUUCGGGCUGCAAGCAGACAGCUCUGCAUCGGCUCGGUCUCCGCUCUGCAGGAAAAUCUGGAGCCGGGAAAAAGAAGAAGCGAGGACAGUCCUCCAAGGGGGACCCACUGAUAGAGAAUGCAGUUCUUGCGGCCUCUGAGAGCUCAUCUAAACAAGACCCGAGUAAAGCGCGGGAACAGAAUGCGCAAAAGCAAGGGGGGGAAGCGCAAGGCGGAGAAGAUUCCGUAGAAAGUGGUGGCAAGAAGAAACGAGGUGGCGGAUCUAUCAUGCGGCUUCAGUCGAUGCUCAACGCGACAGAAAUUAUGGCUUUCGGCCGUGUUAAGUAAUUCAUUUGUACAAUUAUGCGGAUCGUCCUUUUCCCAGUACUGAUAGCAUAGAUAGAACACUCACUUGACGUAAGUAGAGAGAACUUAUAGAUACAUGGCAUACAACACCUAGUUGGUGGAUACUCCAUUAUGGAGACGAAAUACAGGUAUUUUCGUUGAGGUCUUCUAAAGAAUCUUCGGAGAUACAAGAGAAGCUGGAGAAGCGUGCCAAGAGUGAAGGCAGGACGACAAAGGUGCCGCCCGAGCUCAAAGCCUCCAUGGUCCUUGCCUCUUAUGUUUGGCUCGACGACCGGCUGGUUACCGCAGAGCAGGAUGGCGCGUUCGUUUUCUCUCCGCGCGAGGCGGAGUUGGAGGGCCGUUUGAUUGACAGCCGCGGACUCGUUCGCGACAGAAACAUGCCAAACUUCCUCAUUCCCGACCACGUUCGUGUGCUGUGCCUGGAUGCGCGGGUCGAGUACUCCUUGCGUCGUGGUGGUGGCAGCGGCCGGAUGAAGCAAGAUCUGUUGAGCAGUACUGCCGUAGCCUCGAAGUAUAAAAGCGGCGGAACCGCUUCGAGCGGUAGUUCGAUGGACAUGACGCGCCAAGUAUCGGUGACCCAGGGAGGCGAUUUUCAGCUAAGCAGCAGGAGCGCCACUGCAAACUACAGCAGCAGGAUACUCUUUUUGCACCAUUCAGGUAAUGCCACGCUCGCGCGCUAUCUGCUCCACGCCGUUGCUCGUGUGCUGCAGGCAUUAGCGCCCAGCCACACGCAGAAGAACGAGCUAGCCCACCAAAUUCGGGCAACGAGGUUCGUGCUGCCAAGUCUCGCUCUGGAGACGGGAUUUGUUGGUCGCUGCAUCUACAACCAGUUGCGCGCGCCACCGAGCGGCAUGAACUUCAGGGUGUCGGCCGAAAGCUCUGGACUGUUGCUGGAAGAGAUUUUCACGCAGAUCCUCAAAGGUGUCACGUUCCCGGCUAGCGGCGCUGGCGUGGACGGCGGCAAGAUCGGGGAAGGCCCUCUGAGUUUUAUGCAGAAGUUGCUGCCUGGCGUUGUCUCGCUCACCGACGUGUUGCAAAAGCAGACGGCCGUCUUACCCUUCAGUGCGCGCUUCGACAAACUGACAGCGCAGUCCCGCAAACAGUUCUGCGCCGAGGAGAUGUCACCGGCACCAAUCGUGAAGCUCUUUUUGCAGCACUCGGUCUGGCGCAACCAGAUCACACGCUGGAAGCUGCUGCAGAUUGCCUGUGAAGCUUGCGACGUGGAAUCGGUUCGGCAGGUACUGGCAGGAAUGAGACAAGCACUCGCGGAUUUGGUGGACCAAGAGUGGCGCACUGAGUCCUCGACAGCAAUUCCACCACCUUCUGUUAAGACUUUACAUUUCAUUUCCACUCAUGUCAUCAUGGACACGAAAAUAAUUAGUUGUAUGUGAUGAUGAUAUGUCCCUUUCCUAACCUAACCUAACCUCCCUUUCCCUACUCAUUGAUUUUCACAGGUCGGAGAACAAGAAUCAGCGAUUCUUUCCCUUCAUUGCCCACUCCUGCUUUCGCAUUUUGUUAUAGAUCUAAUUCUGAGAAAGAGUCUUGCGCCAUGCGAAUCGCGCGUUGUGUUGCGGCAGUGGAGAAGGCGCUCUUUGGAAGUAACGAAUCGGUCACGGAAGUGAAACCGCAGACGCCUAUAUUGCCGACGGAAAUCGCAAGAGGGAGUGAAGGUAGAACUCAAUGCGCUUAAGGCUAGUCCGAUACCUAAGUAUGAACGUUAAGCGUUUUGUCAUCUGAUUUGAAAAUUAUGACAAAUUCAAAGUGAUAUGGGCAUUCCAUCUUUCCACGCUUUUUGGACUUGGAUUGCUCGAGGAGAGAAAGAAAGCUUCGAAGUGGAUGUCGUGGAUUUUUUCAGCUACCAUUCAUUGGUUAUUCUCGCACGUCCAGGCAAUGAAUGGCUUGAAACUACUAGACUCUUUUCUUCCCAUGCUUUUCAGGUCCGUUUCCUUUGUUGCCACCUGGAUAUUUUGGCCGGAUUCUGCUGAAUCUUGUCGGUGCAGAUCUGCGUUAUGAUCGCACGAGAGCCAAGCAAAGCAAGACAAAAGGAGGCCCAGGUGGGAACACCACGACUGAUGCCGCAUCCUUGACCGUUGCGUCUGCUGGAAAUUUGCCCGCAAAUUUGUACACCACAGAGCCCGUGAGCUAUCGUCAAGCCACAGGUGUCACAGUUGUAGAUCCGGAGGUCUCCGUUCGGAAUCGCGCUCGAGCGAUCGGGCCGAAGCCGUCGGAAGAUUCCGCGGAGAUGAAGAGCUCUGAUCCUCCAUCAACACACAUUCUCAGUUCGAGUAAGGAAACGCUUUCCCCCCAAGUGCCAGGCGCAGAGAGCAGCAAGAACGAGAACGCAGACGCGAACUACGACUCCAACGAGGAGCACGUCGCCUACAACACGGAAGACCCAAAAAGCGAUGAGCGUUUCUUCAACAGCGCUUUGCUUCAACACCGUCCUGUGGAUUUGCUCCGCAUCCUCGUCCGCUUUUUCCUUCACGACUUGCUGGACGGAGUCUGUGCACAGUUGGAACGCUACCUCAGUGCGGCGCUGCCCGGCUCCCUGUUUGCGCAGCGCAUGGUGGUAAACGCGGUCACCGUGGAGUUGGCGCGCCGAGUCCAAUUUCGACUCCUCCUAGAGUUCGGCGUUAAAGCGAGCAGUCCGAUGUACGGCCCGCUUCUCCUCGCCAAGUUGGUCUGCAAGCCACUUGGGCGGGACGAUGUCACACUGGACGAGCUCCGAAACCACAAGAGCAUUCUAAAGUACUUACUUGCUUUUGUCUCUACUUGUUAACCUCGCAAUAAGCAACUUCACUCUUUAACCAGCAUUUUCACUUGCUAAUCUCGCAACUAUUGUUCAAUCUUCAAGGUCAACCUGUUCUUCUUGUAAAAGUUUCGAUUAGAUUGAUUGUUCGUUGCACACUAAGCUGCAAUACGAGGGCGUCUCGACAAUGGGCGCAGUCACACUCUCACUUGAACAUGGCGGCUUCUAGUAUGCACUCAAUUACCCAUGAUUGAGCAAAAACCUUAGCCUUUUCCUUUUUUACCUUUCGUUGAUAGGCUUAGGCACACCGACUCACUCCCACACCUCUCUCAGACUGCUGACUUGCACACCGCUGAUCGUGCAUGACGAUGCGGGUGACGCAAACAGACUGUCCUUGUGGCAACUGAACUCGGAACAGCUAGCUUUGCUACGUAGGGAUCACUUCAGACGCUUUUUAGAGUUGAAGCAGAAGGUCAUACCAAGAAAGCAGGAGCUGUUGGAAAGCGUGGCUGCGAUCGAAGCAGGGGACGCGACCGAUGCCGCGAAAGCAAAGAAUGGUACUACACAAUUUCCUCUUCGACCAGGAGUAUGAUCCUACUUAUUAAGUUUAGGAGACGAGGAAAUUGAUGUGCUUGUCCUUGUGCAAAGAUUGCCAGACUUGUUGUCGUGUCGAAAAGGAAUUAGAAAUUGGAUCUAUUCCGAGGACAGCAAGAAGUUUGAUGGCACUACUAGCAAAAGAAUGAUUUCGGCAUCAUAGGUAUUUGUUUUCUUAUUGCGGUUCGUCGUGAUUCUGAUUGCGAUCAUUAGAUGAGAAGCACCAUUUUAUAUCACUUUGAGUUUCUGGUAGAGUAAGGAAAAAACCAAUUCUCGCAGAUGACGAGCUUCCUGCAGAGGUCGCUAGGGAGAUCAGCGAUUUAACGCAGAACGCACUCAAUGUCAAUGUAUCGCCGGCGCGCGUGGACUUCCUUUCCCGGAUGAAUGAAGCCAAUGCUUUGCAGCGAGAGAGAACUACGGACGACAGCAACUCCGGGAUAGUCGCGCAAGUGCCGUCAUCGGGAUUGUCCCAGUGGCUCGGGAAGAUCUGUGGAAAUAUUUGCGGAGGUUCAGCAGGAGGUGCUGCAAAUGGCGACUUUACAGCCACGAGCGCGUCCCCGAUAAACGUUAAGGCCUCUGAGACUGAACCACAAAUAGUAGAAGAAGUUGAGGCUCCACGACGCAGCAGUUUCGCUACCACAGCACGCGAGUUAGCAUCCAAGCCGCUCCCCGAGAGCGUCCAGGCGGUUCCGCGCACGGUGGCCCGCCUUUCGCAGGAGAUGGACAGGUCACCGGCUGCAGUUGUGUUUCGGGCAACGUUGCUGCUGGAAAUCAUGCUAGAGAUUCAAAAAGUCGGCUUUCUCUACACUCUGGACGACCGAGGGCGCACUGUAUUCCACACACUCGUGGAACAACUGCUGCUGGACAAGCGCGAAGACGAAUUCGCGCAGAAAUUUUUGGAGGAAGCAGCGGAGCCAGAAAAAAACAAGGAAGCGCAGGAGUCGGGGGAAGUUGCUACUCCAACUGCUGGGAAUGAAGAGGAGGGCACGCAUGCAAAAGCCGUAGAACCACGAGGAGAAAAGGUAGUUGCUGCAGCGACAGAUAAGAAAAUGAACAAGAACGACGUAGAAAAUAAGGCUGUAUCUGGUGUCGACGAACAGGAUGUAGAAGAUGAGCUUUCAGCGAGCCAGAAAAGAUUAGCGCUCGUGAAGGGAAAAAUUGAUGGCCGCAGUUCCGUAAGCAUGAUGCUGUUUCUGCGUAUCGUAGAGCAAACGCGCGAUUCCAGCUGCUUCGCAAUCCAAGAGAACGUGCGUGGCGAAACGGUCUUGCACAUGCUCGCGAGGGAGCGGGCGCACAAGAGCACGGCGCUUUGCCUCGUUCAAGCGCUGCGCCGGAUCCGUCGUGUUUCGUCUAUGGCCGUGAGUCAAAUUCUGAACAUCAUGCCAAGUUCCUCGAAGGCUGGAUCCAAGACCCCCUUACAACUAGUGCAAGUCCUAGCUCCCGACGACCCGCUCCGAAUGGAAUUCGAGUCGUGGGCGACCGACGUUGCGGAUGAAGCCGAAGGAGGGGAAUCGUAACGAAACGAAUCACUAACUAUAGAUACGUUUUAGAGAACUUCAACUUCUUGGACUUUUCAUCCGGACGAGACACCACCACGACCGACUACGCCCGCAACUUCGCGAGUAAGAAACAAAGUAAGUAGAAGUCACCUCAUGUGAAUCUAAGACAAAUGUCUUCGGUACAGUAUUGUUAUAAGUAAUUAGAGACUUGUUGCUAAUGCUAGCAAUGAAAUUAUCUUGACUUGUUGUAUACCCGAAAUAAGAGCGAAAAGUUCUAGAACAGGGACCUCAUCCUGCUGUCAUAGUAAGCGCAUCCGUGUUUUAGUAGAUGCAUUUUUUCGCCACAUCACUUUCACUUGUUGUAGCUAUAUUUAUAAGAUAUGGAGUCAUCCAAGGUUCUUGACAGGAUUACUUUUCUGUUUGUUAUCAAUUUGAAGUAGCGCUAGCGCCACUUGUUUUAAAGAUUGUUGAAUAUACGCAGCUGCUGGAUAACUACAGUUGUUGAUAAUAGCUUAAAUGAAAUGAAGAAGUAUAAUCUUGGAAAUUCGAUGUAGUUCAUAGCAUGGCUGUGAAUAUGUAACCUAAGUAUGAGGCCAUUAUGAUUUCUCUAUCCAAAUUUAAAACGAUUCCUUAUUCCGCGGCUUUCGCGAGGUGAUUUCUUUUGUAUUAAAUAAUUAUGUAAGGUCGAUGGGCUACUGAUACUGGUACUGGUAGAUAGGAAUGAUUUAUUGAACUUUGAAAAGAAUGAUCUGUAAUAUACUGCGCAGCUAUGGAAUGAAAUGGAUGUUGAUGAUUGAGGCCGGCAUUGUUAAUAUAAUAUUUUUCUUUAUGAGCAUCAUGAUCAUUAUAAUACAUCGUCGUGUUUAAACUUAACGAAGUUGCAGUCGCUUGUUGUACUUCGAUAAGAAUCCAUGAUAAUUGACGUUUUACCAACAAGGUCUUACGAGUUGGUUCUCGAUGGAUCUUUAUUUACCCCUAUAUGAAUCUACUUACUAUCAUUGUAGACAAAUAAACAGAUUUCGAAAAAGAAGAAGGUUAGUUGAAUGAUGCGCUUCUAGGCACCCGCAAAGGCCAAUGACAACAUUCAUACUCAUAAGUUAGUUAUAAUUCGCUACGAAUCCACCACAAUACUCUAAAACAGGGAAUAUAUCAAAAAUGCUGGAGCAGAAGCUUGAAACUCCGAAGGCACGUGCAUGGAUCGCCGAAGCUCUAUGGGAGAGCAGUAAGAUCCGCAGUAAAGUUUUCCGAAUACGCCGCAGUUCAUUUAUUGAGACGUCUCCUAGAU